UUACCUUCAAAAUAUGCCAGUUCUUAAUGAAGAACAAAGAGAAGACUUCACUUGUUUUGACAACCUGAUGACAAAAGAAUUUAUAGGCCAGCAACUGAUUCUUAUCAUAGGCUGCAUGGAUACCAUGGAAGAGGGAGGAAGAAAGCAUCUGUUAGUUACUUUACAAAAGAUUCUCAUUCUACCUACAACUUCAACAGCUCUUAUAUCUCUGCUUGUGGAAAGAUUACUCAGUAUCAUUAAAGAUGAUGACAGAAGGAUUCAAAUUAUUGCAGAAAUUAUAUCAGAAGUUCGUGAGCCGCUUGUUACAGUCGACCAGCCUGUUGAUGUUGGUGAAAUAAGAAAGCGUGAGCUGAAGUUGGCUGAAAUAAAAGUGAAACUUUUUGAAGCAAAAGAAGCUUUGGAAGAAUGCAUUAGUCUGCAGGAUUUUAAUAGAGCAUCAGCAUUAAAAGAGGAAAUAACUGAGUUGGAACACAGAAAAAAUGAUCUGAUAAAAGAAGCAGAGCAACCUGAAAUUAAAGAAAUGCGUGUGGAGAAGAAUGAUCCUGAAACGCUGUUGAAGUGUCUGAUGAUGUGUUAUGAGCUUCUGAAGAUUAUGUCCCUUUCUAAAGGAAUUGAUCCAACCAUUAAUGAAAUCAUUGAAUCUCUGAUACUUCCUGGCAUAACUAAUGUCCAUCCAGCUGUGAGAAAUAUGGCAGUUCUGUGUUUGGGUUGCUGUGCGCUUCAGAACAAAGAAUUUGCCCAGCAACAGCUUGCAUUGCUGUUACAGGUUUUACAAAUAGAUAAUAUAAAGGUAAAGCUCAGUGCUUUAAAGGCAAUCUUUGAUCAACUAAUGCUGUUCGGGAUUGAGCCGUUUAAAGCCAGAAGAGGCAAUGACUCUCGAAGUGAAGAUGCACACAUUAGAACAGAAAAUUGUGAAGAAGAAAGUGAAAAAAUAGAGGAGGAGGACACUGCUACGAUUCACAGCCUCCUGCAGCUUCUCUCUGGUUUCUUAGACAGUGAGUUUUCAGAACUUAGGACAGAAACUGCAGAAGGUAUAGCCAAACUGAUGUUCUCUGGGAGGCUGAUUAGUGCCAAACUUCUAUCUCGUCUUGUUUUGUUGUGGUAUAAUCCUGUGACUGAAGAGGAUACUCGGCUUAGACACUGUCUAGGAGUUUUUUUCCCUUUAUUUGCUUAUGCAAAUAGGUCUAACCAGGAAUGCUUUGAAGAAGCUUAUCUUCCAACUCUGCAAACACUGUUAAAUGCUCCUGCAACUUCACCUUUGGCUGAAAUAGAUAUCAGUAAUGUUUCUGAACUGUUAGUGGACCUGACCAGACCAAGUGGACUGAAGCCUCAGUCUAAAAAGUCUCAGGACUAUCAGGACUUAACAGUGCAUGACAGUUUAGCAAUGAGAAUUUGCAAUGAAAUCUUGACGGACCCAACUGCACCAGAUGUUCGUAUUUAUGCAAAAGCUUUAAAUUCACUAGAACUCAGUAGUUCUUCCACAGAGAAUCUUCUGGUUCUGCUCAAUGACAUUCUAGAGAAAGUGAAAGAUAAACUGUGUCAAAGAGCUAUUGAGAAGAUCAAGAUGAACUUGACUAAAGAUCCUAAUGUGGCCAAAGACCACUCUGAAAGGAUUGAGGAAAUGGGCCUCUCUGAAAGGACACAGGAAACUGACAUCACGUUAUCUGAAAAUACUAUUCAAAAUGAAGAAGGUAAUUCAGUUUAG